UGUUCAAAAACUUGCUUCUUUAAAAAGGGCUUUGUAGGUGUCUGUAAAACUCAAUGCAUAGUUUGUAUUUUAUUAUACACUGGCUCGCACAUGGAAGUUCUACAGUAAAAUAAAAAAAUACAUGCAGUCAUUAUGGUCAUCUAUUAAUAGGUGCAGGAAAGCAAAUCUGUCACUGUUUAUUUAAUAUCACAAAUGUCAUUGAGAGCCAUUCAAUAUCCCUCAAAACACUGAAAAGUUAAUGUGAUGUAAUGUGCAAGCUAGACAUAUAGACUGAUGAAAGAGCCAGCUUUAAUAUCACAUUGCCCCGAACUAUUACUGUCGUUUUUAUAAAGGGGCAAAGUGUACAUUGUUAAAAUAGGUUGGCUUUCUAUCUGGUUCAGUUAGAGUUAGGCCAUAAAGAGAUGUAUUUACUUGAUACUGUAAGUAAGAAGGUCAAUGUGUAUUUAUAUAGCGCAUUUAUUGUGUAUACACACCCAAAGUGCUUCAAUCAUGAGGGGGGUCUCCACGCUACCACCAGUAUGCAGCAUUCACUUGGAUGAUGCGACGGCAGCCAAAGGACAACUGCACCAGUGCACUCACCACACACCAGCUAUUAGUGGAGUGGCGUGACAGUGAUAGAGCCAAUUCAGUACAUUAAGAUAAUUGGGAGGCCAUGAUGGUAAGGGCCGCAAGGGAAUUUGGCCAGUACACCAGGGUUACACCAAUACUCUUUAUGAAUUAUGGGAUUUUUAAUGACCACAGAGAGUCAGGACCUCGGUUUAUCGUCUCAUCUAAAAGAUGGCGCCCACUGACAGUAUGGUGUCCCAUUCACUUUUACUGGGGCAUUAGGACUCACACAGACUGCAGCUUGAGCGUCCCCUGCUGGCCUCACUAACACCACUUUCCAACAGCAAUCCAGUUUUCCCAUGUGGUCUCCCAUCCAGGUACUGACAAGGCUCAGCUCUGCUUUCCUUCAUUCUUGAGCUGCAGGGUGAUCUGGCUGUGUGGCUGUAACAAGUUUGAUUUAAUAAAUUAGAUGCAAUUGAAUUAAAUAUAUAAAUUUGGUUCACUGAGGCAUAUUACUGAACAUAAUCGAAAAGACUUGACCCCCUGAUCACAAAUGUAUAAUUUUCAUUCAUGCUUAUUUUAAGUUAAACAGGUUUCAAGUGCAUUUUUGCAAAGUUAUGCAAAGUUUAACUCAAAAUGUUUAGUCUGUUUGACGGAUGUAUGUCGAGUUGACAAGAAGUUUGUUUGGUUCAAAAAAAAAAAAAAAAAGGCAGCAACUAUUUAUACAGGGAAAUAAUUACUUUUUAGCUUUAGGUGAACUAUGCAGUGUGAAUACAAUCAGCUUAAACACAAUGCCUUUUAUUUCUCAAAAUAGAUUACUUUUCGAAAACCUUUAAAGUUUUAGAAGCUCAAAACCAACAGCAUUUGAAGGAAUACUUUUGAAGAAAUAAGUUUAAUUACUUAUAACUUCUAUUUAAUCUGUCAAUGUCAGAUUGGGAGAUAGAAAAAAGCUGUUCUUUUAGACAGCUGCGAAAGUGAGAGUGCUGAAAAGCGAGAGCACAACCUAAGAUGUGACGUUGAAUGACUCAGGCCAGGAAUGCUCCAUUAACCGGAGGAGGUGGGAAAAAAAUGCAGGAAAGGGGGGGUGGCCUGCGCUAUUCAAAGCUCCUGUCACUCACAGGCGCUCCAGAUUCCAGCUCAGGUGUUCAGAGCCGCGCGCGCGCUCACAGCAAAAACACGCGCACUGCUCACUUCUACACGAGCGGACAGCUGUCAACGGGAACACGCUGACGAUUAUUUGAGAUUACAUACACACAAACACCAAUGGCGCUGUCGUGCGAGAUUUCUGAGCUUUUUCAGGUGAAUAGUUUCUGUUUGUCAUGGGGGCAGAUCGCCUCAGCUCAGCGUUUGCGCACCUGGCCAACCCACGCCAAUGAAGUCGUGCUCCUACAUGCAGUCUGAAGGGCUCCGGAGCGGAGUCGGGUUCCCGUGUUUAUUGUGGAUUAAACCACUUAUGCUGCUUGAUACGCGUAAUUUGUGGAUUUGUGUGUGUUUUUCUUCUCCUGGAUUGAUGAGCACUAUGGAGCUGACGGGGAGAUGUGUGUUGUUGGCGGCGCUGGUGAUGAGCGUUCCUCACCACGCGUGUUCAGGAUGUGUGAACCGAGUGUGUAAUCCACGCAUGGGAAAUCUGGCAGUCGGACGUCCCAUACAGACAGUCUCUCAGUGUGGCUCCACCUCCCCAGAACAAUUCUGUAUGUACAGACCGGACAGUUGUGUGCUAGAUUGUGAGAUAUGUGAUGCUUCAGUAUCUCAGCAUGCACACUCCCCUUCCUCCAUGACUGACUCUCCUUUCAAGCAGCCACUGACCUGGUGGCAGUCGGCACCGGGGACUGCCAUAGAGACUCUGCAGCUGGAUCUGGAGGUGGAGUUUUACUUCACCCACCUCAUUAUCAUUUUCAUGUCGCCACGCCCUGCUGCCAUGGCAAUCGAUCGCUCUCGGGACUUUGGCCAGACAUGGAGCUUGCUGAUGCUGUUUUCCCACAACUGCAGUGAAGUGUCCAGCUUGGAGGACGGACAACGCUGCACAGCGAAAUACUCCUCCGCCGAGCCAUGCACAAAUGGGGAGGUGAUUUACCGUGCACUGUCACCUUAUGAGAGGCUGGAUCCAUACAGCACUGAUGCCCGCUCACUGCUGGGCGUCACUAAUGUCAGGAUUCGUCUGCUUCAGCCACACUCCUGCCCCUGUCCGAUUGCUGAUGCCAAUGCAGCAACUCCCCGAUAUGCCAUCUCUGACCUCAUUUUAAAAGGAGGCUGCCUGUGCCAUGGACAUGCAGACCAGUGUGUGCCCACUGGAGGCAAACACAACUCAAAAACAUUUGGAAAACACGUGGUGCACGGUAAAUGCUUAUGCCGGCAUCACACGGCUGGAGAUCACUGUGAACGCUGCCAUCGCCUUUACAAUGACAGACCAUGGAGAGCAGCUGACGGCUUAACAGGAGAAGCAAAUCAGUGUGUUGAGUGUAAGUGUAAUGGCCAUGCGGAGAGCUGUCACUUUGAUGAAAGCGUAUGGCUGCGGUCGGGUCAGCAGCACGGUGGCGUUUGUGACUGUCUUCACAACACCACCGGCCAACACUGCCAACACUGUCAGAGCGGCUUCUACAGAGAUCCGGAGAAACCCUCCACCGCCCCAGAUUCCUGCACACCUUGUAUGUGUAACCAUGUCGGUUCCUCAUAUUGUAAACCUGAUAACGGAGAGUGUGUCUGUAAGCCAGGGGUGGCUGGGAGGCACUGUGAGCAGUGCAUGCUGGGAUACUGGGGUUUGGAUGAGUACGGUUGCAAGCCAUGUCAGUGUGCUGGGGAUUGUGACCCUUACACCGGAGACUGUAUGAUUAGGUCUGAGUCAGAUGACAACAGCACAGCAGAAAAUCAUCUGUUUCGGACAGAAGAGCUGUUCUCCGCCCUCAGUCAUCCAGACAAAUGCAUUUGCAAACAGCAAGCUCUCGGGAACAGCAAAGUCUUCUGCAAUGCCAAAUAUGCUUAUGCAGUGAAAGUGCGAGUGUUGGGCGCUCAUGAUAAAGGCUCUCAUGCAGAGGUGGAUGUGAAGAUCCUAAAGGUAUUGUGGGACAACACUCGCCUCAGACUCUCUCGAGGAAGCCGGACACUUUAUCCCGAGUCCUGGAUGUCUCGAGGCUGCACCUGCCCCGUGCUCUUUCCAGGAUUGGAGUAUCUUGUGGUGGGACACGAGGAUGUGAGAAAAGGUCGCCCUGUUGUUAACAUGAAGAGCAUAGUGAAGCCAUGGAGAGCCAGCUUGAGUCGGAAAGUCCAUCAGCUGCUGAAAACCAAAUGUAGCUGAAAGACGCAGUGAGAUGUUCAAAACAAAUGCACACGCCAACUUAGACUUUAUUUAACUGUGAUCGUUCUUCAUCAUCUGAAUCAAACUAAUGCUUUAGGUGUAAACCCAGCCGUUCUGGUGUAUCUGCUAGCUGUCAGGUCCAUACUAGCACUGUACAGAAUGUACUGUAUAAUAUAAAUGUAUGUAUGUGUGUAUAUAUGAAUAUAAGAUAAUAAUGUGUAGUUUUUUUUAUUUCUUUAACUAACCUUGUAUAUAGCAUGCUUUUUGUACAGAAGAAAAAUAUAAUGCAUACAUGCUA